AUGUUACCGGUUAUUGGUGAUAAUCCAUCAGAUCAAUUAGAUAAUUCUGAUCGAUUGUUACAAUCAAAUGAGACAAUACGAGAUGUUGAUCCUGCUGAUAAAUGGAUUCUCGUUUCGUUGAUUGCUCUGUUUGUUUUGCUUUUCAUUUUCACCCCAGAAACACCGACACAAUGGGAAAUGGACUCAGUUGUUUUCGUUUUAGGUGUUGCGAUUUCCAAUGAUUCUCGAACUAUUUUGCUCUGGAAUCCACCGGAAAUAGAUUAUGAUUAUGAUCAAUUGUCCAUCGAUUGUGGUUGUCUAAUUACAGCGAAUCGUAGUUAUCUUGAUAAGGCUCGGUUUGUAAUCUUCCAUUGGUCAUCCUUGGAUAGAUUACCGGUCAUUAAAAGACCCAAUCAAUUGUGGAUUUGGGUUAAUACGUUAACACCAGAUGAAAGUGAUUAUAAUUCAGUGUUAAUCUUUCAACAGAAAUACUUUGAUUGUUGGUCAACUUGCCGAUUUGAUUCUGAUUUCAUUAUCUCUCCAUGGUUACAUUGGUCUCUAAUUGACCAGAGUGUAGGCCAGAAUAAACGACAAAUCUCUGUAAAAGAAAGUCCGAUUAUUUGGUUCAAUAAUUGUCCAUUCGAUCAUCGAUUCGAUCAAUUCGUUUUGUCACUUCGCAAAUUUGUUCCAAUUCAUGUUUACAAUGAGACGAAUCUUCAAUCGUUCAGUAAAUCACAAUUCACCAAGAAAAUUUUACCGAAUUACAAAUAUUACCUGUUAACAGAUAAUUCAGUUUGUAGCAAUUUAAUUAUCAAGAAGAUCUUGUUUAAUUAUGGACUUAAUUUAAUUCCGUUGAUUCCAAGAGGUUUGAAAAUUAUCAGCUCGAAAUUGGGUCAAUAUCAUUUUAAUGGCUCUUUUGUUGAUGCCAAUCAUUUUCCAACCGAUGAGAAAUUAGCUAAUCACUUGAAACAAUUGCAAAACAAUUUAACGAUUAACAAUCAACCCACCAAAUGGACAAUUGACCAAUUGAAUCAACUAAAUCAAGUUAAUUUUUUUAAAUUCUUACACAAUGUUUGCUCAUCUCUUAAAUUACCUGAUGGAUUAACAGGUAAAUGUAAACAUAGAAAAAUUAAAUUGAUGAGUUGGUAUUACAAUCAAGAUUAUUGUAAUUCAAAUACCACAAAUAUUAUUCACAAUUAA